GAGUGAGACAGUGUCACUUCACCUGCCAUCUCGUCCUCACCUUUUCCUUUCAUCUUUUUGCGGGAAGAUCUUGCCCUCAACUAACAUGUAGUGAAGCGCCAACCACAGGCGGAAAUUGCUAGGCGUGGACGAGCUCGCGGCUGCUUCAGUAAAACGCCACAAAGAUCUUUGCGAUCCCCCUGGAUCGAGGAAUCCGUGAAUGGGUCCGGGUGAUCAUGCAGGGGUCCGUUCCGCCGACGGCCGGCUGGAGGCCCUGCUCUCCGGCGGCGGUGGGGCACGGCGCAUGGCGUCGGCCGCGGCGCUGGAGCUGCGGCUGCUUGCUCCGCUGGCCGCGCCGGCGGUGGUGGUGUACAUGCUGAUCAUCGUGAUGUCGUCGGCCACCCAGAUCUUCUGCGGCCAGCUCGGCAACGUGCAGCUCGCCGCCGCCUCCCUCGGCAACAACGGCAUCCAGGUGUUCGCCUACGGCCUCAUGCUCGGGAUGGGGAGCGCGGUGGAGACGCUGUGCGGGCAGGCGUACGGCGCCGAGAAGUACGAGAUGCUGGGCGUGUACCUGCAGCGCUCGACGGUGCUCCUCAUGGCCACCGGCGUGCCGCUGGCCGCCAUGUACGCCUUCUCGGAGCCCAUCCUCCUCCUGCUCGGGCAGUCGCCGGAGAUCGCCGGCGCCGCCGCGGAGUUCGCCUACGGCCUCAUCCCGCAGAUCUUCGCGUACGCGGCCAACUUCCCCAUCCAGAAGUUCCUGCAGGCGCAGAGCAUCGUGGCGCCCAGCGCCUACAUCCUGACGGCCAGCAUGGCGCUGCACGUGGCGAUGAGCUGGGUGGCGGUGUAUAGGCUGGGCCUAGGCCUACUGGGCGCGUCGCUCACGCUGAGCCUGACGUGGUGGGUCCUGGUGGCAGGGCAGUUCGCGUACAUCGUGCUGAGCCCGAGGUGCCGGGAGACGUGGACCGGGUUCACGUGGGCCGCGUUCGCCGACCUGGCGGGGUUCGCCAAGCUGUCGGCCGCGUCGGCGGUGAUGCUGGCGCUGGAGGUGUGGUACUUCCAGGUGCUCAUCCUCCUCGCCGGCAUGCUGCCCGACCCACAGAUCGCACUUGAUUCACUCACCGUCUGGUAGGUAACUAACUGAGAACGAACCG